CAAAUUUCAGCCAUUUUCUAUUCACAACUUUGAAUCAUCGGCUAUCGAUCCCGUAAAGCUCCAACUUCAAGGCAGGCGACAGCCCAGAAAACUUUCCAACUUCGCUCCUCUCACCUUUCGUUAACCCCAACUAUCACCAUUUUCGGCCAAACACUUUAAAUUCCCGGUGAAUCUUACAACAAAACGCAAAAGUGAAAAUUUAAAAAAAUUUAAAAAAAAAAAAAAGAAAGGAAAACUGACGAAAGAGGCAAAGAGGAAGAUCGACAUGACGUCCCGAUCGAAUCGAGACUCCUGCACGAAUACCAGCUCGAGCAAACUGUCGUUGGACUGCGGUUCGGAAGAAGACGAGAUGUACUCGUACGUGGACAUCACCGAACGUCUGAUACUAGCCAGAUCGAUUCGUCGAAUUAGCGAUCCGGUAGGUGCUGGCGACUCGAAGAACUUGUCGCUACCGAUGCGUUCGAGCCUGUUCGCCCAUGUGCCCCCGUUCAUCAUCUUCCACGCGAACGGAACCACCACCAAGCUGCCGAUCCAAAUGACCAAACAUCUGCUCUGGUGGAUGACGAAGAAAAACACGCCGAAGAUCGUGAUGGCGAUGGUCCGCAGGUCUGGAUUCAGGACCACCAGCAAGCACGCUGACAACUGGUGCGGCACUUGGUGCAGCACGUCAGCUUAUGAGAAACUCGGACGGACCAAUAAUUACUCCAAGAUCAAUCACUUUCCAAGCAGCGCCGAAUUAGGCGACAAGAUACUGCUCUGGCGGAACUUUCGACAGAUGAGAAGGAAGUUCGGCGCGAAGCAUUUCGACUACGUGCCACUGACGUUCGUUCUGCCGAGCGAGAGGCUCGGUUUGAAGGGAACGAUGAAGAAGAACGGCGGGUUCUGGAUCGUGAAGCCGCCGGACUGUUGCGCGGGUACCGGUAUCAAGGUAGUGUCGAAUCUCGACGAGAUUCCCAAUUAUCGUUCGUACGUAGCUCAGAGGUACAUCUCGCCGCCUAGAUUGAUCGACGGCGUGAAAUUCGACAUGAGGCUGUACGUGCUGUUGACCAGCAUCGAUCCUCUGAGGAUCUACGUCUACAACGAGGGUCUGGUCAGGCUGGCCACCGUCAAGUACGUCGAUCACAUGAACACACUGUCAGACAGGUUCAUGCACUUGACCAACACCAGCGUAAACAAGGUCAGCCCGAACUUCCAGCCCAACGACGAUCCGGACGCGUGCAAGGGCAACAUGUGGUCGUUGAACUGUCUGUGGAGAUAUUUGGCCACCACGGAGAGCGUGGACGCUGUGGAGAUUUGGACCAAGAUCAAGGACAUCGCUGUCAAGACCGUGAUAUCCGCGGAACCCUCUUUGUACAGAGCUUGGAAGAGAACCUCGCUGACGACGUACAAUUUCUACCAGCUUUUCGGCUUUGACGUUCUACUCGACAGUGAGUGCAGACCUUGGCUCCUCGAGGUGAACGAUUUCCCUUCGAUGGAACCAGACACGCCGUUGUGCAACCUCGUCAAGGGACAGUUGGCCAAGGAUUAUCUGAAUCUAGUUGGCUUUCACGUGCCCGAUCUGCUGACCGACAAGGAGUUGAGGCUUCUCAGAUCGUUCUACAGGAAACACGCCAUUUGCUACAAUCGGCAGUUGUACUCGAACGUACUAACGUGGCAAGAGCGAAAGAAGCAGUAUCAUUUUUUGAACAGGAAGUACAACAGGAAGUACUACCUGAGAUCGAUUCUGAAGAGUCUGACGCCUGACGACGUCCGGGUUUUGAUCAGACACGAGGACGAGAUCGCUCAGACCGGCCGUUUCGAGAGGAUAUUCCCCACGCCCGACACGUUCAACUAUUUCGCGUUUUUCGAGGAAGACAGGUACUACAAUUUGCUGUUGGACGCGUGGGAGAACGAGUACGGACGCGAUCGAUCGAGAGGUAUCGAGAGGCUGAGGAAACUUUGCAGAAAGAAGUAUCAUUUGUCUUGAAAAACACUUCAACAAAUAUAAUAUCGAGACGAUGGGUGUAAAAUUUUUGAAUAAUUUAGAAGCAAUUGAAAUUGACAAGUGUUUAAAUAACUUUGUCGCAAUACGCAAAAGAUCAACCGAUAUUGGCAAUUUCAAAUGAAAAAAGUCUCCGAUAAAUUUUGUAUCAUUUUGUAAAUAAUUCGCCAAGUAGUAUGUAAAAUAUUAAUGUGCAGCAAUUUUCUUCGACGUUUCAUGAAAUUCGUACAAGUUGUACAUUAUUUGCUUUUUUAGUUUAAUCAAUGGAAAAGAACAAACAAGGUACA